CAAAUUAAAGCAUGUGUUUAUCGCGAACGAUAUUAGAAUCAUCAACAUAAGGGCUGGUCACGAUCUUUUUAGAUUUCAACCGCAAUAAAUUUGCAAAGUUAAUAAGUCGAAAAAUAAGUAAAUAUUUAAUUUAUUUAGCAAUCAGCUCUAUUUGACGUAUUUAGAAUGUCAAACUUAAAAGUGAAAGCAAAUUAUGCUCCUGUGAACAAGCUUGAGAAAUUUUUCACAAAUGGAAAAAUUGAGAUAACGAAGGAUGGAAAUUACUUGUUGUGCGGCAUGGAGAACCAGGUGAACGUUUUCAACGUAUCCACUGGACUCACGGAAUCUUUCUUCUCUCAUGAAGAUGAUUCGUGCAUCACUUGCUUCACGCUUAGUCCUGAUAAUGAGCACCUGGUCACAUCAAAUAAAGAAUUCAUACUCAGGCAAUGGAAUUUUAAGAGUCGAAGUCUUGUAAGGACGUGGAAGUCUGACCAUGUAGGACCUAUCUCAACGAUGGCUUUUGAUUCAACAUCAACCUUGUUGUGCACUGGCAGUGCUGAUUCCUCUGCUAAAGUCUGGGACCUUGCUAAGAAAUAUUGCACCAACUACUUCAGGAAGCAUUCUGGAGUUGUCAGCCUUGUGAAGUUCAACGAGAAUGACAGCUACCAGCUGGUAACCUGCAGUGACAACUACCAUAUAAUGAUGUGGGACCUGAGAACUCACGACUGUCUGAGGUCCCUUGAAGGUCACUUUAGUCUCGUCACCUCAGUUCAAUUCUCACACGAUUCCAACUUUUUAUACAGUUCAAGUCGAGAUAAAGUUCUUCUGAUAUGGAAUCUGAAAGAAAAGUCAAAAAGAACCAUCCCCAUUUUUGAAUCCAUAGAGUCCCUUCUCCUUCUACCUGCUCUAUCUAAAGAGUUGUCAGAGAUUGCCUGUGUUGACGACAAGUCAGAUGACCACUUUGCUGUUGUCGGGAGUGAUGCUAAUUUGUCAGUAUGGAAUGCAAAGACUGGAUUAUGUGUAGCCUCAACCAAACAACAACAACAGGAGCUGACAAAUAGUGACGAGACAUCGUUGAAAACUGUUAGCAGCGAUGAAACCGAGCAGUCUUCAGAAGGAUAUUCCCAGUUGUUCUUUGUGUCGGGAAUGUUUGUUGUGGUGACCGUCGACCAGAACAUCAUGUUCAUCAAUGCAUCCAACCUCUCUGUACAUAAGCAAUUUGUAGGUAACAAUGACCAAAUUUUGGACAUGAAGUUCAUAGAAGCCAGUUCUUCAGCUGGCUCAAAUGAUGCUUCAAGUGUUGAGGAAAACAAAUACCUCGUAGUUGCCAGUAACACAAGCAAGUUGAAACUGUACAACACGAAAUGCUGGUCUUGUUCUCUUAAUGCUGGCCAUAGUGACAUCAUCGUAUCCAUGGACACUUUGAAAAUAUCCGGGAAGUAUUAUGUUGUCACUGGAUCGAAGGACAACACAGUAGGCGUAUGGCAAUUGCAGGAAGGGGAUCCUCCACAUCUGCAGUUCAUCUGUCGAGGUGGAGGUCAUCUUCACACUGUCACCUCUGUCGCACUCCUCAAACUCCUACCGAGUGAGAAGCAAUCUACUUCUCUAGCAUUCUUCAUUGUAUCUGGCUCAAAUGACAAAACUUUGAAACUUUGGAAGUUCAGUUCAGACAGCUCGAAGGUGAAGGCUAAACUGACCGUUGAUGGUCACGAGAAAGAUAUCAAUUCGGUCUGCGUGUCUCCUGACCAGAAGUUCAUCGCAUCUGGGUCGAAAGAUCGAACUGCCAAGCUGUGGAGUCGGUCUGGUUUAAACUUGCUGGGCAGCUUCAAGGGACACAAGAGAGGAGUCUGGUGUGUCCAGUUUUCCAACGUCGAUAAGAUCCUCGCCACAUCUUCAGCUGAUGCUACUAUCAAACUCUGGGACAUCUCCUCAUUUGCAUGCAUCAAGACAUUUGAAGGUCACGAGAGUGCCAUUUUGAAGGUCGCAUUCAUAAGUAGGGGAAUGCAACUUCUGUCAUGUGGAUCAGAUGGACUGAUGAAACUGUGGACAGUAAAAACGAAUGAAUGCGUGAAAACGAUUGAUGCCCAUGACAACGUCGUGUGGGCCAUGUGUACUGACCAAUCAGGAGAGAGGGUGGCCACUGGGGCUGGUGAUGGCUCCAUAACUUAUUGGAAGGACGUCACCGAAGAUGAGAGGCAGGAAGCCUUCAACAAAUCUCAAGAACUUACAAUUAAAGAGCAGGAACUGUCAAACUAUCUUCAAGCCAAACAGUUUGGAAAGGCUCUUGCACUGGCAAUAAGUCUUAACCAGCCAAACCGGACACUGGAAAUUCUAAAAGGUUUGUUAAACAGUGAAGGCGACAUAAAGAAGCAUUUGGAAGGACUUGGAAACGUUCUAACAGAUCAACUCAUAGCUUACACUAUCGCAUGGAAUCAAAAUUCAAAGAACUGUCUCGUGGCUCAGCAUGUACUUAAUUUUCUACUGCGUCAUUACACACAAUCGCAGUUGUUGCAGUUGAGCAACUCGAAAAAAUUGGUCGAAGGAAUGAUUCCCUACACAGAAAGACACUUUGCUCGGGUAAAAAAGUUGCUCGUCAAAUCAACUUUUGUAAAUUAUCUUUGUCAAGUCAACCGAUUCAGCCAAGUUGUUAAUAACAAGCAUGUUUCUGACGAAGUGGAUGAUGCAGACUCUGCACUCGAGAUGGAUUGUGAAUGAUGGGAUGAUAAGAAAUAUGAUAAUAAUUUUUUAGUGAAUGAGUGAUAAGUGUAGUUAGUAUUGAAUGGAUGGUUAUAUGUAAAUAAGCAGUUUAGAAUGUGGGCGGCAAUUAUGUAGAGUAAUAAUUGUUGAAUCUUCUGAUGUUUUGUGAUAUGAUAAUACAAACAAUUGCUAAUAUUUAUUUAUACACGAAUUUUUAUUUUCCAAGAUUCAAAACGUUUAUAAAAAAA